CUUCUAUCUUUUCUUGUUUGAUUCGAGUUUUGUGAUUCCAGGGUUUUUCACAGAAAACCCUAACUCUAUUGUUUGGUUGUCCCGUUGUGCAUCCAAUCUUAAGGGCGCGAAUUAGGGUUUCUUUGUUCUGGACUUGGUUUCUCUCAGAAAACCCUAAAUCUGUUAUAUUGAAAUUGUGCCUCGAAUAUCAGGGUUUACCGCAACCGGUCUUCUUUUCCCAUUUCCUUUGCCCUGGCGAUUUCGAUUUUAUGGCUUCUGCUCCUUUAAUUGGAGGUGAUGAUUCUCGGGAAAGGCAUAGAUGGGGAGAGAGUAAGGUUUACAUGAGAAAGGCUCACAAUAAGGGGACCAAGGCUGCACCCGCUCAAGCUACCAACACAGAAGAUGGCAACUCUUCACACUUAGCCUCUUCUCGAUUCGAAGCUGCUUCUGAUGAUUCAUCGAGCCUCAAUAGAAAGCAAGUGAGCAUAAACCGAGAUGCCUCAACUAAUGGUUCCUUAAAUCCCCUUUCUGGAUUGCCCAAGUCUGACAACAAUCGGGUUAGGAUUAACCUCUCUUCCAGAUCGAAGCAUGAGAUGCGAGAGCUUCGUCGGAAACUCACAAGUGAGUUGGACCAAGUGAGAAGCUUAUUCAGGAAACUGGAGGCUAGAGAGAUGCAACUUAGAGGGUUCUCAGGUGUUAAUAAUAAUAAUUCAGUUUAUAGCCCUUCUCAACUUUCGGUUAAUGAAAAUGUGAAUAAUGGAGUGAGGAGGGUGAAUUCAGAGGUGGGUUCAGGUGGUGUGAUCCAUCGUCAAUUGAGUAUUUCCGUAAUGGAGAAUAGUCAGUGUGGAAGUGACCUCAAUGAGAAGGAGAAGAGAACCCCUAAGGCCAACCAGUAUUAUAGGAACACUGAUUUCUUUUUGGGAAAGGAUAAAUUGCCCCCUCCUGAUAAUAGCAAGAAGUCGAAAUCUCAUGGUAGCAAGAAACUGAGUAAUGCAAAGCCAUAUCUCUCAGAAAUUAACAUUGGGCAUGGAAGUGACAGCUUUGGUGAUAAGAAUGUGGUUCAGGCGUUCAAGCAAUGCAGUUCUUUGCUCGCGAAACUGAUGAAGCACAAGCAUGCGUGGGUUUUUAAUACCCCGGUUGAUGUGAAAGGGCUUGGGCUUCAUGAUUAUUAUGCGAUAAUUAAGCACCCAAUGGAUUUGGGAACAGUGAAAUCAAAGCUAAACAAGAACUGGUAUAAGUCACCCGCUGAAUUUUCCGAGGAUGUAAGACUAACGUUUCGGAAUGCUAUGGCAUAUAAUCCUGAAGGUCAUGAUGUGCAUAUCAUGGCUGAGCAAUUGUUGAAGGUAUUUGAAGAUGGUUGGAAGGUCAUCGAGUCGGAUUACCUUGUUGAGAGGCCAAAUGCCAGGUUUGAAUCUGUGCAGGAAGCGAGUGUAUCACAAGCAGGGAAAAAAGCACCUCCACCUGAGCCAAGAAAACCAAUUGAUAGAUCGGAGUCCACAUCUGUUCCUGUUGAUUUGAAACCGAAAACUGCAAGUGCUCCAACCAUUAGAACUCCUGCCCCCAAGAAACCUAAAGCCAAGGAUCCUCACAAGCGUGACAUGACUUAUGAAGAGAAGCAGAGGCUGAGCAAUAAUUUACAGAGCUUGCCACCAGAGAAGCUUGAUACUAUUGUCCAAAUUAUCAAAAAGAGGAAUUCGUCUCUUUGCCAGCAUGAUGAUGAAAUUGAAGUGGAUAUUGAUAGUGUAGAUGCAGAAACAUUGUGGGAACUUGAUAGGUUUGUGACGAACUACAGGAAGAGUCUCAGCAAGAACAAGAGGAAAGCUGAACUUGCUAACCAAGCUAAAGGUGAAACCGAGCUGAUUACUCAGUCAAUGAAUCAAAUUCCAACUAGUGCAGAGUCACCUAAGUCCAGUAAAAAAGUUGCAGAUGAAAAACAUGAUUCUGCAUCACCUGUUGAAGAAGAGAAGAACAUAGGAGAAGAGAAGAACAUAGGGAAUGGGAAUAGGUCUAGUAGUUCAAGCAGCUCUAGUAGUGAUUCGGGAUCCUCUUCAAGUGAUAGCGACAGCGAAAGCUCCUCGGCAUUUGAGUCUGAUGUGGCACGUUCACCCAGGACGUAAUACAGAUCUAUUUGUAAUGGGCAUGAUUGAAUGAAUGAUCUAUAAAUGGAGGUGGUGACCUCUUGAUGACUGAGUGGACCUUCGACCAAUGCUCGGUCUGUGCAAGGAUGAUUGAAGGGGCUCUGUGCAUUGUAAACUAGGUUUCUUCUUUAAGUUAUCGAGAAAUCCCUGUUUAAUAUUUCUAGUGAUAAGAGGCAUGUGACUGAAACUGGUCUCUGCUAACUCAUUAAUUCCAUGGCCUUUACUUACAUAUGGUAAUACGUAAAUGGAAGACAGUUUGCUCUUAGAUUUGGAUUCUUGCAUGAGUCGUGUAUAUAUGUAUUUUGUGAAACUGGAACGACAGCCGGGAGAUAACAUUGCAGAGGGCUUGCCUGACAUUUAACUCAUCUCUGCACUGUAAAUAGUGUGAAUUGCUACUUUA